UUCAUUCGUUUACUCUUCAUUCACUCAUCACACCUCUGCCUUGGGGCAAGUCCCCGCAUUCUCCUCGCUGUGGAGGGGGAGGAGGGCGGAGAAGAAAAGAUAAAAGUACCGGCCAGGUCACGUAGGAGUGGGAGUGAAAUUAGCAUUUAAAUAGCAUUCGUUGAGCUCUUAGAUCUACUGCAUUAUCUCAUCCAAUUUUCACAACCCAGUUUACUGACCACUAGCUAAGGCUAAGAACAGCCCAACUUACUGUGCCUUACCUGUAAGUUUUGGGGAGACUGAGGACGUGAAGGUUGACCUCCAGAAUAGUCAUCCUCUGUAAGGAACCCCCGCCCCCCAAUACACCUGCCUGUCCUUCCCUCCCCAUAGCCAAACCAUCAAAAUUCCAAUUGGUUGUCUCCAAACUAAAGCCUGAAUUCAGCUGCUGCUCUCUCCAUCUCCUGGCUAAAAUCCCAGCUGGUCACAUCUUUCCUACCAAGUGAUCUGUUGGAAAUGUAAAAUUAUUCAUAAUUUUACAUUACAAACAGUUUCCAAAUAUGCUUAGCCUAGAAUGCCAGCUCGUCCCUCGCGUGGCCUUCACACCCUUGCACGCAGCAUUCCCUACCUGGAAGCUUCGGGUCUCAGCCCGGGACCCUUCCUCUGAAAGGCCUUCCCCUGCCGGUCACUCUAUUUAUAGCUUCUGUAUUACCGAACAUUAUCCUCUCUAUUCUUUCCUUGUUUAUUUCUGUCUGCAUCUCCAAAAUGUAACCUGAGUGAGGGCAGGGACUGUAUUCUUCUUGUUAACAGAUGAGUUCCAGCGCUUAGAACAGGGAGCUUGCUGGGUAAGAAAGAGAGAAAGCUCGUAAUUUUAAAUCAUUUACCCACACAGCAACUCCCUGUCGGGAUCCCAAAUGAAUCCCCAGGGAGAGGUGCACCGCGUAACAGCUUCCAAACCACAGGGUGAUCCUGCAGUUACAGAGCAAAUUCUAAACUCAAAACACGGUGGGACAGUACUUGCAACUCGCCCAGGGGGCCAGCAGGUGGCGCGCGGAGGCCGCCCACCGCCUUGCUCUGCAGCGCUGCCUGCACUUCCCAGCUUGCCGGUCGAAAUCCACCCGGAAGUACUGCUGCGGUCCUGGAUGGACAGAUUCCUGGUGAAGAGGGCUCUAGGGGGCCUUGUGGGAAAGAGGGAGCAGGAGCAGACAGGAGCCGGCCCAGCUGAGUUGGGAGAAGACGAGGAAAGCACCAGGAAGAGGCCCAGGAGAGAAACGCCGGGGAAUGGUGCUGACGUGGCCGGCCUCAGCUGGCGACGCAUUCGAUCCGAGGGCCUGGACUGCGAUUACACAGUCCUGUUUGGCAAAGCCGAAGCGGACGAGAUUUUCCGAGAGUUGGAGCAAGAAGUGGAAUAUUUUACAGGUGCGCUGGCCAAGGUGCAGGUGUUUGGGAAGUGGCACACCGUGCCAAGGAAGCAGGCGACGUACGGCGACGCUGGGCUGACCUACACGUUUUCAGGCCUCACUCUGUCUCCAAAACCCUGGAUCCCCGUUCUAGAGCGAGUCCGGGAUCGUGUUUCUUUGGUGACUGGUCAGACCUUCAACUUUGUGCUCGUUAACAGGUAUAAAGACGGCUGCGACCACAUUGGGGAACACCGAGAUGACGAAAGAGAACUGGCUCCUGGGAGCCCCAUCGCCUCCGUCUCCUUUGGGGCCUGCAGAGACUUCUUCUUCCGGCACAGAGAUGCUCGAGGGAGGAGCCCCUCCCGGAGGCUGGAGGUGGUCAGGCUGCCGCUGGCCCACGGGAGUUUACUGAUGAUGAACCACCCGACCAACUCUCACUGGUAUCACAGUCUCCCCGUCCGCAAGAAGAUUCUGGCUCCGCGCGUCAAUCUGACCUUUCGUAGAAUUCUGCCUACUCGAAAGUAAAAGUAUUUUCCAGUUAG